AUGCAAAUCCUUUCGUGUGUCGUAAUCACCGCUGCCGCGCUUUUUGSAGUUGCAUUUGCGGGCUAUGUUCCACACGGACAUGCUUCCAGUUAUGCCUCAGUUGUCCAAAACACCGAUGGUCAUCAUGCUGUUGUCAAGAAAAUUGGCCAUGCUCACCAUCCUCAAGGAUAUAAUCAUGAAGGCAACUACUAYGGUGCUGACGGUUAUGGGAACGGGCACACCGGCAGCUUCUUUGAAGUCAGUCAACAUCACUGA